CCCUCGGAAGACCUGGUUGUAUCAGCCAGCCUGGACCAGACUGUACGCGUUUGGGAUAUUUCUGGUCUAAGGAAAAAAAACUUGUCCCCUGGUGCGGUGGAGUCAGAUGUGAGAGGAAUAACUGGGGUCGAUCUGUUUGGAACUACGGAUGCAGUGGUGAAGCAUGUGCUGGAGGGUCAUGAUCGUGGAGUAAACUGGGCUGCUUUCCACCCCACUAUGCCCCUUAUUGUAUCCGGGGCAGAUGACCGUCAAGUGAAGAUCUGGCGCAUGAAUGAAUCAAAGGCAUGGGAGGUUGAUACGUGCCGGGGCCAUUAUAACAACGUAUCUUGUGCUGUCUUCCACCCUCGCCAAGAGUUGAUCCUCAGCAAUUCUGAGGACAAGAGUAUCCGAGUGUGGGAUAUGUCUAAGCGGACUGGAGUUCAGACCUUCCGCAGGGACCAUGAUCGAUUCUGGGUCCUGGCUGCCCACCCGAAUCUCAACCUGUUUGCGGCAGGACACGAUGGUGGCAUGAUUGUGUUUAAACUGGAACGGGAACGGCCAGCCUAUGCUGUUCAUGGUAACAUGCUGCAUUAUGUCAAGGACCGAUUCUUACGUCAGUUGGAUUUCAAUAGCUCCAAAGAUGUUGCUGUUAUGCAGUUACGGAGUGGUUCCAAGUUUCCAGUGUUCAAUAUGUCGUACAAUCCUGCAGAAAAUGCAGUUCUGCUGUGUACAAGAGCCAGCAAUUUAGAGAAUAGCACUUAUGACCUGUACACCAUCCCCAAGGAUGCUGACUCCCAGAAUCCUGAUGCCCCUGAAGGGAAACGAUCUUCAGGCCUGACAGCCGUUUGGGUUGCUCGAAAUCGGUUUGCUGUCCUAGAUCGGAUGCAUUCGCUUCUAAUCAAGAAUCUAAAGAAUGAGAUUACCAAAAAGGUACAGGUGCCCAACUGUGAUGAGAUCUUCUAUGCUGGCACAGGCAACCUCCUGCUUCGAGACGCGGACUCCAUCAUACUCUUUGAUGUACAGCAGAAGCGAACUCUGGCAUCUGUGAAGAUUUCCAAGGUGAAAUAUGUUAUCUGGUCAGCAGACAUGUCCCAUGUAGCACUACUGGCCAAACAUGCCAUUGUGAUCUGUAACCGCAAACUGGAGGCUCUAUGUAACAUUCAUGAGAACAUCCGUGUCAAGAGUGGGGCCUGGGACGAGAGUGGGGUAUUUAUCUAUACCACAAGCAACCACAUCAAAUAUGCCGUCACCACUGGGGACCACGGGAUCAUCCGAACUCUGGAUUUACCCAUCUACGUCACACGGGUGAAGGGCAACAAUGUAUAUUGCCUAGACAGGGAGUGUCGUCCUCGGGUGCUCACCAUUGAUCCCACAGAGUUCAAGUUCAAAUUGGCCCUGAUCAACAGGAAAUAUGAUGAGGUGCUGCACAUGGUGAGGAAUGCCAAACUGGUAGGCCAGUCCAUCAUUAUUGCUCUGGAAGCUGCCAAAGCACUGGAUGAUAAGAACUGCUGGGAAAAGCUGGGAGAAGUGGCCCUACUACAGGGGAACCACCAGAUUGUUGAAAUGUGCUAUCAGCGCACGAAAAACUUUGACAAACUUUCCUUCCUGUACCUUAUUACUGGCAACCUAGAGAAACUUCGCAAAAUGAUGAAGAUUGCUGAGAUUCGAAAGGACAUGAGCGGUCAUUAUCAGAAUGCCCUGUACCUCGGCGACGUGUCAGAGCGAGUGCGGAUUCUGAAGAACUGUGGGCAGAAGUCACUAGCCUAUCUCACAGCAGCUACCCAUGGCUUAGAUGAAGAAGCUGAGAGCCUGAAGGAGACAUUUGAUCCAGAGAAGGAGACAAUCCCAGACAUUGACCCUAAUGCUAAGCUGCUUCAGCCACCUGCACCUAUCAUGCCACUGGAUACCAAUUGGCCCCUGUUGACUGUGUCCAAAGGAUUCUUUGAAGGAUCUAUUGCCAGCAAGGGGAAGGGAGGAGCACUGGCUGCUGACAUUGACAUUGACACUGUUGGUACUGAGGGCUGGGGAGAGGAUGCAGAGCUGCAGCUGGAUGAAGAUGGGUUUGUGGAGGCCACAGAAGGUUUAGGGGAUGAUGCUCUUGGCAAAGGACAGGAAGAAGGAGGUGGCUGGGAUGUAGAAGAAGAUCUGGACCUUCCUCCUGAGCUGGAUGUGCCCACUGGGGCAGGUGGUGGAGCUGAGGAUGGUUUCUUUGUGCCCCCCACCAAGGGAACCAGCCCAACUCAGAUCUGGUGCAAUAACUCUCAGCUUCCAGUGGAUCACAUCCUGGCAGGCUCUUUUGAAACAGCCAUGAGGCUCCUUCAUGACCAGGUUGGGGUAACCCAGUUUGCCCCCUACAAGCAACUAUUUCUACAGACAUAUGCUCGGGGCCGUACCACCUAUCAGGCUCUGCCCUGCCUGCCCUCCAUGUAUGGCUACCCUAAUCGCAAUUGGAAAGAGGCAGGGAUGAAAAAUGGUGUUCCAGCAGUAGGCCUGAAGCUUAAUGACCUUAUCCAGCGUUUGCAGCUGUGCUACCAGCUCACCACAGUUGGCAAGUUUGAGGAGGCUGUGGAAAAAUUCCGCUCCAUUCUCCUCAGUGUGCCACUCCUUGUUGUGGACAAUAAACAGGAGAUUGCAGAGGCCCAGCAGCUCAUCACCAUUUGUCGUGAGUACAUUGUGGGCUUGUCCAUGGAAAUAGAAAGGAAAAAGCUGCCCAAGGAAACUCUAGAACAGCAGAAGCGCAUUUGUGAGAUGGCAGCCUAUUUCACUCACUCAAACCUGCAGCCUGUGCACAUGAUCCUGGUGCUGCGCACAGCCCUCAACCUCUUCUUCAAACUUAAGAACUUCAAGACAGCUGCCACCUUUGCUCGGCGCCUGCUGGAGCUCGGGCCCAAGCCUGAGGUGGCUCAACAGACCCGAAAAAUCCUGUCUGCAUGUGAAAAGAACCCCACAGAUGCCUACCAGCUCAAUUACGACAUGCACAACCCCUUUGACAUCUGUGCUGCAUCUUAUCGGCCCAUCUACCGUGGAAAGCCAGUGGAGAAGUGUCCACUCAGUGGAGCCUGCUAUUCCCCUGAGUUCCACGGUCAAAUCUGCAGGGUCACUACAGUGACAGAGAUUGGCAAGGAUGUGAUUGGUCUAAGGAUCAGUGCUCUGCAGUUUCGCUAGGGCCCCCUUUUCGUGCGUAGGGGAAUAACCAUAUUUUCCUUCCAGAGAAUGUCCCUCUGUCAUUCUUCUAAUGUCCGCCUUCUCCCAACCACCCCUCAGAUUAUCGACAUUUGGCUCUCCCUACCCUAAAGCCUAGCGUCCUUUUCACUUUUAUUAUAGCUAAUCAAAACGUCUCAAGUUGACAUCUUUGCCUAGGAACCCCUCCAUCUUCAGGUGACUACAGUUGUGGUCAUAGUUGGCCUGGUCUUCCCAGCUUAGAUCUUUCAAGGAACAAAUGAAAAUUCAGUGAUGAGCAUUCAUUUAGUAAAUUCAUUCAUUCAAUAUUUAUCCCUCCCCUUCCCACCAUCUUUGUAUCCUGUUUGCCAGAAAGGCGGUGCAAUGUAAUAAGAUACCAUUUUUUACUCAACUCUCCUAAACUCUUAGCCAUCCUUCCAUUUUCCUGGGCAUUGAACUUCCCAAGUAAGUAUCCUCUGUGUGCCUAGAAAUUUAAGAUCUGAGAAGAGAACACUUCAUUUUCCAAAAAUGUCCAUGAUUUUAUGUUGAUUUGUCCUUUACAACCGUUGUUCUCAUAUUUUGUUUCUCACACCAAAUAAAGUAGAUUUCUACAAGAGCUUCUUGUCUUGCCAUUUGUUUCCUGGACACUCUCAGGUUCUACUCACCCCAUGCAGCUGCCUCACUAAAGAAGAUAUCUUUCUUGCAAUAGUUAUUUUA